AUGGCGGCACACAUCACGGACAACGGCGAUGUCUCAGAGGCAUUCGCAGUGACCAAAGGAGUGAAGCAGGACUGCGUCCCGGCCCCCAUCCUCUUCGGUCUUAUGUUAUCUGCCAUGCUGAUGGACGCCUACCGUGGCGAACGCCCAGGGAUUCGCAUCACCUACAGGACAGACGGCCGCCUCUUCAAUCAACGGCGGAUACUCUUCCAAUCGCGUUUAUCCAGAAUUACCGCCCACGAACUUCUGUUUGCCGACGACUGCGCCCUCAAAACCACCUCGGAAGAGGACAUGCAAAGGACCAUGGACCUCUUCUCCGCCGCCUGCGAGGACUUCGGUCUGAUCAUUAACACGGAGAAGACGGUGGUUGCGCACCAACCGUCACCCAGCACAGCCCAUUCCCACAAUGCGCCGCAAAUCACCAACUGCAAGUGGUGGACAUCUUUCCGUAUCUGGGCAGCACCCUCUCGCGCAGCACGAAAAUCGACGAUGAAGUAG